AUGCUUCGUUUGGCUCUGAACUUGGGCAGGAGACUCCCCCAGGCCAGGGCGUUCCCGAGAACUAAAAAUUUCCAGGCAAUUCCACGCCGUCACCUUUCUGGCAAUGCCUUGGGCUCGUUGAGGUCUGGAGGCCUUAUAGCUAAUAUCUUUGCAGGCGCUUACUUGGGCGGUCUUGUGGUUUGUUUUGGUUCUUUGUACCUUCUUUAUCAUGAUGCUGAUAAGAGACAGCAUAUUCCGUACCUGGUGGGCUUGGAAAAUACUGUCAUCGCUGUGAAAGGUAUAGGCAAAGACGAUGUGCUACAGCUGCCUCGACAUGCGGUGAAACAUUACCGCCGGUUGCUUAUUAAACUCGGGGAGGAAAUUGAUCCGGACUUUCUGUUUGAAGAGACGGUCAAUGGCGAACGCCAGUACCGUGUCCCGUUGGUGAGCAGCGAUGCGUUACUUAGAAAGAAGGGAGCUGACUUUGCUAACUUUUAUAUUGACAUUGUGUUGCGCUACUCGCGUGCUCUUUUAUCGAAAGAACACGUUUUGGAAUCCAUCAGCAUGCUUAAACAGAUUCUUGAUAACGAUGAGGUUUUCUAUAGACUAGGCGAUGCCGAGCGGAUGAGUCAGUGUUGUCGCUUGUUGAGUGAUAUUUCGCCUUCGGAUCCUGAAAAGGAGUACUACUUGAAACGUGCUAUUGAUAUGUUGUCGCUGACGUUUCUGCGGGUGAAUUUGAAGGAUUAUCUUCUCCAGGACGACCUGAGAGUGUCUGACGAGUUGAUUCGUUCUUUAAACAGCUUGGCAUUUGUGUAUGCCACAGAGAGCAAGACGGCUAAGAAUAAGAAGCAGAAGAACGAGUUGCUCUCGAAAGCACUCAAUAUCUAUUUGGCAAACUUAAAGAGUGUCACCAGUAUCGAGAAGGUUAUCUUUUCUGGCGAAUUAACGCAAGCAUCUUUCCCGCUCUUCAACUGUGAAGAAGAUAACCUUCGUAUGCUUUCUGCUGAAAUGAAAAGCCAUAUAUCUGAAAUCUUAUGGGCCAAAAACUUCAAAGACAGUGCCGUCGCUUGGGGUGAAGAAGUGGUGGACGAAAUCUACUUCGACCACAGGAACAUUGCGCGUGCCACGCCAGUAUUGGUGAGUGUUUUGGACAACUUGGUGGUCAUGUACGGCAAGCUUAAAGAUAAAAAGUCACAGGAACGUUGUUUGGCGCUUCGUGAGGAGUUGCGUGAAUUCGACCGUGAUCCUCCUUCUUGGUACGAUAGUGUUGUGAACCGUUUCACGAAAAUCAUCUACCACAAGGGCCCUCUUGGUAUUUUGGAGAAGGCUCUUAAAGAGAGAUUUGGUCCUCCAGAGAGAGUGCCUGAGAUUGAAGAGCACGAAGACGAAGACGCCGAGUAG